AUGUGGGUCAUCUCGCAGGGACCUCCGAUUAUUACCUCUUAUUGUGACGUCGUCACACCUCAUCAACCACCAACCGAGAAGCGGAGUGUACUAUGCGUUAUCAGUGAACCCAAUCAACGAAAUGAAAAAGACGUCAAUCUGUUGUGGACACUGCUCGGGUCACUAUAUCGGACGGUGGAAGGUUACGAUAUCGAUGCGGUGCUAAACUUCGAGAAGGAUGAUAUUCCUCUGAAGGUAAUACAGAAGCUUGAGGAGCGUGUCUUUACCAACGAAAACUUUGAUCCGGAGAAGGUGAAGGCGGCGUCGGCGGCUGCGGAAGGAUUGUGCAAAUGGGUCAUUGCGAUUGCAAAGUACAAUAAGGUAGCAAAGGAGAUAGCACCCAAGAAAGCAGCAUUAGCCGAAGCUCAAGCGAGUUAUAAUUCCGCUAUGACGAUACUGAAUGCAAAGCUGGAACAGCUACGUAUCGUCGAGGAAAAUCUUGCGGAUCUCCAACGUAAGCUGGACGAACAGAUUGCUCAACAUGCAAAGCUGCAAGCAAAUGUAGAGCUGUGUAUGAAGAAGCUGGAACGCGCUACGGAGAUCAUUACCGGUCUGGGUGGUGAGAAGGAUCGCUGGCAGACGGCGGCAGAAACGCUGGCACUAAUCUACGACACGCUCACCGGUGACGUGUUGAUUGCAUCUGGUAUCGUUGCGUACUUGGGACCCUUCACGAUGCAGUUCCGGGCACAGCAGAUCGAACAGUGGAUCGAACGUAUAUCACAAAAUUAG